GCGUGCUUUCUGACAGGAACUCCCUCGUGGAAAGAAGGAACGUGCUACACUCCCAGACGUCAAUACAAACGUCACAAAAUACAACGUUGACUGCAACUGGGAGGAAAACAAACGGGGAAUUAGAAGGAGGUUGAUUAAAAGAUAAUCGCAAUCGAAAGUUUAUAAAACGUUCACAUGACUCACAUGUAAAGAAUUAACAGGAUAGAGGGCGGAUAGUGCCACGGGACUGUCUUAUGCAAAAUCAGCAAGCAGACACAGACAGAACAGCACCGCUGCAGCCAGCAGUAAUUGGAUGGAUUAUUUUUUUUAUUUUUUUAUUAUUUUUUUUUAUCGGACCGAUCUUAUGAAUUUAAAUAAAUAGAAAAAAUAAACACAACCAGUGCGGUUCGAUGGUUUAUUCUGCUAGCGAUGAGUCGCCCGUCCUCGACCGGACCCAGUGCGAAUAAAACCUGCAGCAAACAACAGCAGCACACCCCUUCCCCGGCGGCCGGGACCCUGAUCUCCGCUGGUCCGGGCUCCUCCACAAUCCCCACUGCUGCGGCUGUCAUUACAGGCCCGGGGAGUCCAGUGUCGCCGCAGCACCACGAGCUCGCUUCCCUGUUCGAAUGCCCAGUUUGCUUUGACUACGUGCUUCCCCCGAUACUACAGUGCCAGGCAGGGCACCUGGUCUGUAACCAAUGCCGCCAGAAACUGACCUGCUGUCCGACUUGCAGGGGACCCCUCACCCCAAGCAUCCGGAAUCUGGCCAUGGAGAAAGUGGCAUCCGCUGUGCUUUUCCCAUGCAAGUACGCCUCCACAGGAUGCUCCCUCGCCCUCCACCACACCGAGAAACCGGAGCAUGAGGACGUGUGUGCGUUCCGCCCGUACGCCUGCCCCUGCCCGGGUGCCUCCUGCAAGUGGCAGGGCUCCCUGGAGACAGUGAUGCCCCACCUGAUGCACGCCCACAAGAGCAUCACUACGCUGCAGGGCGAGGACAUCGUGUUCCUGGCCACUGACAUCAACCUGCCGGGGGCCGUCGACUGGGUCAUGAUGCAGUCCUGCUUCGGCCACCACUUCAUGCUGGUGCUGGAGAAGCAGGAGAAGUACGAGGGCCACCAGCAGUUCUUCGCCAUCGUGCUGCUCAUCGGCACCCGCAAGCAGGCUGACAACUUCGCCUACCGCCUGGAGCUCAAUGGGAACCGACGGCGCCUCACCUGGGAGGCCACGCCCCGCUCCAUCCACGACGGCGUGGCCACCGCCAUCAUGAACAGUGACUGCCUGGCCUUCGACACGGCCAUCGCCCACCUCUUUGCUGACAACGGAAACCUUGGAAUCAACGUGACCAUAUCUACGUGCUGCCCUUAAAUGCUAUGAUGUGUGCAAGCGCUGUUCGCUGCUGGUUUUAAAUCACCAUUUGUAAUUUAUUUUUUAUUGUAUUCUGUUUUGUUUGUUGUUGGGUUUUUUUUUU